GCGGAUACACGUGACUCCAAACUUCCGACCGGUUGUGUGUUGUUGGCCGUCGCGAGUGUCGGUUGCCUGGGUGAGGAUGGAUCACGCCUUUAUAACAGAGAGAUAAACUGUUAUUUUAUCUCUCGUAAACACAUCAGUCUUAUCUACACACACAGGCAACGAUUAUCGGGGAGGAGUGCCAUCACAACGGUGCCAACAGUACAGUGGGAUGGAGUGGCAUCCCUUGCUUGACUUUUCCAAAGUUUGUCUACAGCAUAGCAAUGAUCAGAUAAUCUAAGAGGAGAGACGCCCGUCUGUCAGUACUGUUUCUCUGGGUGAAAAGGUGAAAAUGAACCGUUACACUACACUCAAGCAGCUGGGUGAUGGAACCUAUGGCAGCGUUCUAAUGGGGAAGAGCAACGAGUCUGGAGAACUAGUGGCCAUCAAGAGAAUGAAGAGGAAGUUCUACUCUUGGGAGGAGUGCAUGAAUCUGAGAGAAGUCAAGUCGCUGAAGAAACUGAAUCAUGCUAAUGUGGUGAAGCUAAAGGAGGUGAUACGAGAGAAUGAUCACUUGUACUUUGUCUUUGAAUACAUGAAAGAAAACCUCUACCAGCUCAUGAAAGACAGAACCAAAUUGUUCCCAGAGUCAGUCAUCAGGAAUAUAAGCUUUCAAAUAUUGCAGGGACUAUCAUUUAUUCAUAAGCAUGGAUUUUUUCACCGUGAUAUGAAACCAGAAAAUUUGUUAUGUAUGGGUCCUGAGUUGGUGAAAAUUGCUGACUUUGGAUUGGCACGUGAGAUCCGCUCUCGGCCACCUUACACAGACUACGUCUCAACGCGAUGGUAUCGAGCUCCAGAGGUGCUGUUGAGGUCACCAGUGUAUAGUUCACCCAUAGACAUCUGGGCAGUAGGCUGCAUCAUGGCUGAGCUCUACACGCUACGACCUCUGUUUCCUGGCAACAGUGAGGUGGAUGAGAUCUUCAAGAUCUGUCAGGUCCUUGGUACAGUAAAGAAGUCAGACUGGCCGGAGGGUCAUCAGCUAGCUUCUGCAAUGAAUUUCCGCUUCCCACAGUGUGUUCCUACACCACUAAAAACCCUGAUCCCCAAUGCCACCAAUGAGGCUUUAGACAUCAUGAGAGACCUCCUCCAAUGGGACCCAAAGAAAAGACCUUCUGCUGUAAAGGCACUCAGAUACCCAUAUUUCCAAGUGGGACAACUUUUGGGCCCCCGUCCUAUGACCCCUGAUGCACGGAAGGCUCCGGUAAAGGCAGUCCUGCCUAGUGAACUCCGAUCAGAGAUGCAAUCUGUCUCAGAACCAGUGCUGCCAUCACAGACUAAAGGCCAAAGCAGAAACUCACAUCAGCCACUCCAGCAGAUUCCUCUGCCUCAGUCUCUCACACAGACGGACACUGUUGCUCUACACACACAGAAGGUGGUCGGAGGAGAGAACAGUCUGAUGGGGCUGAAGAAUGGACGUCGAAGGUGGGGACAGACCAACAUGAAACCCUCAGACAGCUGGGAUGAUUCCGACUGCUCUGAUACUGCAGCGUCCCUCUCUAAAAAACCCAGCAAAGGUCCUGAGGAGGAGAAAACUACCCCACAGCCCAAGGAACAGAAACCCCUUUACACAUUUAGCACUGUGACUAAGUUACCGAACACCAGCAGGCUGAACCAGUCAGAUUCCAGUCAUCAGAGCACCUCCUCAGCCAGACAGCAUUACCUACGCCAAUCCAGAUACAUGCCAGGGUUAAUAAGCAAAAACACACAAUCUUUGGGUAGCAAGGAGUCGCAACAAGACUUCUGGGACACCUCAGCUCUGAUGAGUAAACCUCUUGCGCCCAUUGGAGGAGCACCAAUGUCCAGAAUCAGCCCAGGAAACUUUGUAACUACAACAUACAAUCUCUCUGGAGGAUACAUACCUUCUUUUCAGAAGAAGGAAGUGGGUUCCGUAGGCCAGAGGAUUCAGCUCGCUCCUCUCGGUCACCAACAUGCACUUGAUCUUUCUGCCACUGCUGACUGUAAAACUGGCAAAGCUAAACCUUCAAAGUCCAAACCUUCCUCUACAGUUUCAGUCAAUGAUAACUCUGAAGAUUAUGAUGGAUGGAAAAGGAGAGCAGAACGAACCCAGCUUAAAGGAACAAGCUACUCAGCCCUGGGCAAAAAUUCAGCCAAUCUUAUCACUCAUGCGCCAUCAGUUCAGCCAGUGCAUGGGCGAAUUGACUGGGCUGCAAAAUAUGGAAGCCAUCGUUAGUUUUAAUGCCACGAGGACUACUUUCAACGCUCGGAAAUGCUGUAUAAACACAUCACAUCGCAUCUUUUUCUUUGAGGAGCAACUAGGAUAGAUCCACACCACACCGUGUAAGCCCAUGGCUUCGUCAUUGUUCAAUAAAGGCAAGAACCUGUGAACGCUGGCUGUUUAAAAACUUAACAGUUUAAUCAACUUAAUCAUCGUCUUGUUCAGAUGCCUGCUACUCUUUUACAUGAAAUGGGCAAAUCUAUAUCUUAUGUUAUAUACUGCAUCUAUUUUGUUUCCCUUUAAACGUUUUUAAAUGCAAAUUUUAAUUUUAUUCUUGUUGUUUUUAAUGCAGUACUAAUUCACGUUACACGGCAGCAUUUUUUUAUUUCAGUGUAAUUACUGAUAUUAGCAUCAAUCUUUAUAACAAUAUAGUAUUAUUUAAGAACAAGAAGGCCAUUAUUUUAAACAAAAGUUUUUAAUUUAGAGAUUUUUUUUAAUUGUACAUCUUUUACAAAAAAAUACCUAUAAUGUUGUUCAGAAAGAAUGAUCACUUUGAACAAUAGCAGACAUGAUUUUUGUUUCAGUAUCAUGAUUUCUGAGGUUUCUGUAACAUUCCAGCUCCAAGUUUUGCCAGCAUCAGGACACUGCAAGAAAUGGUUAAAGGAUUAAAUUAACACACAUUUAAAGUACACCAAGCAAUAGUUAGGAAUAUUUAUGAUGAAAUCUUUUUUCCCCUUCCUCUAAACUGCUUCACGACAAAAGUAAAGCUGUAAAGGCUUUUGUACUUUUAUGAUAAGUCUAUUUUUUUUUUUUACUUGAGUCUUAGGUUUAUAACCAUAAUGUUUUGUGCCAUUGGAGCAAAAAAAGUCAUUCAGGUUUAAAAUGACGAAUGAGGGUGAGUAAAUGAGGAAUUUGCUAUUGAGUGAACUUGCCUUUCCUCUGUAAAAUUUUACAAAAUUGACUAUUGUUGGUGAACAGCAGCAGUACAGUGGAGAUCAAAUAAGAACAAACUACCUAAAUUUUGAGGUUAGUGCUUAGUCCUAUUAAGGUAGUUAAGCAUAAAUAUGACAUAUGAAAGAGAAAGCCGGGUUGGGCGAUGACAAAAAUCUCCUGUCGUGAUACAAGUCAUCGUGUGUCCUGAUAACGAUAUAUUCAAUUAGUUGGUACUGUCCACAUGAGGAUUAUUUCUGUUUGACAUUUUAAAGUAUAUGCUCAAAUAUACGCAUUCAAAUCUUUUUAUUUUUCUCACUUUUGGUAGAGAUUCUGGGCAAAUGUUUAAGAACGUGGAUAUAUCAAUGAAAUAUAAAGCUUUUUUGAAAACUAAUUGUUGCAGGCGCAACAUAAAAUACUGAAAUAAAACGCUACAUGUCAACACUACUUUUAAGCUUGCAACUUUUUCACCAUGCUGUUAUUCAAAUUUCGGCCUGUAUCCAGAUUGAUCAUCUAUAUGAUGAAUGAAGUAUUACUGUAAACUACGUAUUUUGCAACACCACGCUAUAGCAUAAUAUGAUUGCAUAGCCCUAUAACAUUAAUAACUUGCAGUUUUCUCUGACUUUGCAUUAUUGUGAGAUGAAAACUUUCGAAAGCAGGUUGUCCAGAUUAAGGCCAAAGGGAUGACCCUUUCAGCCACAGAAAGACAAGUUUUCUAGAAUAUUAUUUACCUAAAAUCCACAAAAGAUAAGUGCUGCACCAUGGCAGAGUGAAUGCAAAUGUAUAUCAAAGCUUCUGCGACAAUAUUUCUUUAAACCAUUAUAUACACCACAACCACUGCUGUUUAUUUAUCACUGUUUUCCACAAAAUAAAGCAUUUUUGUUUAA